GAUGUACAUACAUAUGCGCAAGAGUAAUUAAUUAUUAAUUAAGAGAGUAUUCUUGCUUUUGGGCUUCAAAAAAUCGAUUUUUUUUGCAUUUUUGAAUACUUUGAACCUUUUAGAAUAUAUUUUCAUUUGUUUUAAGGCAAUUUGAGUUCUUAAACUGGUCUAGAAAGUCGAUAAACGGAUGCGCGUCACGCAGCUACACGACCGCUCGAACGACCGACCGUUACACUCUUUCAAAUUUUUUUUGUCAAGGCUAGGUGCUCUCUAUACACACAACUUUAGAGUGUUAGAAUGUUUGUAUUAUCAAAUAUACGCUAUAGAAUAUACGUUAUAUGAAUGUGUGUGUGUGUGAGAGUCCGAGAAGAGCAUACUAGAGGCAAAUAAAAAGGAAUCAGUCUGUUGCUGAAGCGUGUGGCUAAUAGUCUGUUUUCGAAUAGUCGUCUGUUUACAAGGUAUAAUUUGCAAAGAUGUGGCGACACUCGUUAAAACGUAAAGGAAAAAUAAAUAAGUCAAAAUCGGUGUAAAAAUAAAAAAAUUUUGUAGACGCGAGAGAUCAAAAGCGCAUAAAACGCUCGGAACACCGGACGUCCGAUGAGGCAAGAAUUGGAAAAUCUAUAAGCAGACAAGACAAAUCUGCUAAUCAUGCACUUUUUAAUAUACGAAAAAGGAUCCUUGUAUGGUGCUGGAAUAGCAGAUUAGAGAUAAUUUCUGCAUCUUAAAUCGUGGCAAUAGUGAGCCGACGUUUUUUUGAUACGCCUAUACGGACACGCCCAUAACUUUUAUAAAAAAUUUUUAAUGUUUGCAAAAAUUUAUAAAGAAUAUGGAAGAAGCAUAGAAGAAUAAAAGUACCAAGUUGUAAAUUUAUAACUUUUAUACUUUUUCCAAAAAAAAUUCCUCUUGACAAAAAAAAAACGCGUCAAAAACAGUACCGAAAACGAGCAUAUCCCCUUAAUUACGAUGAAAUGUCAUUAAAAAAGCUUCAAUGUUACGUCAAUGAAUGCAGGAAACUUCUAGAAUGUAUAUUUGUCGUCGCUUCCAGGAAGUAGUUUAUUAGUAAAAAGCACCACGGCGUAAGAGAAAUAAAAUGGGUAUCGAAAGCAUUUUGGCAGGAGGUUUGACUUCGGCAUCCAGCGGACUGUCAUGGUUCUUUCCAGUUCUUGCUGCGGCGCUUGUCUAUUUUCAAUACGAAGCCCUAGACAAUGAAGCACCGCCGAUUAACGUACCGUCGGAGAUGCUGUUACCAUCGUAUGAUUUUAUAGUAAUAGGCGGCGGAUCGUCAGGAGCUGUAGUUGCGAGUCGUCUAUCUGAAAUCGAAGACUGGAAUGUAUUGUUGCUUGAAGCAGGCGGUGACGAAACGGAGAUUUCGGAUGUGCCAUUGCUCGCCGGUUAUCUUCAACUGAGUCAACUAGACUGGCAAUACAAAACCGAGCCACAGGGUGAUGCUUGUUUAGCGAUGGAAAACGGUCGUUGCAAUUGGCCGAGAGGCAAGGUGAUCGGAGGAUCGAGUGUGCUAAACUACAUGUUGUACCUGAGAGGUAACAAGCGAGAUUAUGAUAUAUGGGAACAGCAAGGUAAUCCUGGCUGGGCAUUCCGCGACGUGUUGCAUUAUUUCAAAAAAUCGGAGGACAAUCAAAACCCCUAUUUAGUUCGGACGCCGUAUCACGCAAGCGGCGGAUACUUGACUGUGCAGGAGGCACCAUGGCACACGCCCUUGGCGGCGGCCUUCGUUCAAGCUGGCCAAGAGAUGGGCUACGAAAAUCGUGAUAUCAAUGGCGAACAUCAAACCGGCUUUAUGAUCGCCCAGGGUACCAUCAGGCGCGGCAGCCGUUGUUCAAGUGCGAAAGCUUUUCUUAGACCGGCCAGACUCAGAAAGAAUCUACACGUCGCGAUGUACGCGCAAGCGACCAAAGUUUUGGUGUAUCCCAAAUCAAAGCGUACUUAUGGGGUAGAAUUCGUCAGGAAUGGCAAAGUAUUUCGUAUACGCGCAGAGAAAGAAGUGAUUGUGUCUAGUGGUGCGAUAAAUUCACCUCAGUUACUUAUGCUGUCAGGAAUUGGACCAAGGGAACAUUUGCAAGAACUUGGAAUCGCUGUAAUUCAAAACUCCAAGGUGGGCUAUAAUCUUCAAGAUCAUGUUGGCCUGGGAGGACUCGCGUUCAUGGUCAACCAGGAAAUUUCCAUGGUUGAGAAACGGCUGCACAGCACGCAAACGGUGAUGCAGUACGCUGUGCUGGGUGACGGACCUCUGACAGUAUUGGGAGGCGUCGAAGGCAUCGCUUUUGUUAACACGAAAUAUGCAAAUGCCUCAUUGGAUUUUCCCGACAUCGAGCUGCACUUCGUUUCCGGGUCGACCAAUUCGGACGGCGGUAGACAGAUAAGAAAGGUGCACGGACUGACAAAGCAGUUUUAUAACGCCGUUUUCGGGUCGAUCAGCGACAAAGAUACGUGGAGUGUGAUCCCCAUGUUGUUGCGACCGAAAAGUCGCGGUAUAAUUAAACUGCGCAGUAAAAACCCGUUUGAUCACCCUCUCAUUUAUCCAAACUACUUCAAAGAACCAGUCGAUAUUGCCACAUUGGUCGAAGGAGUAAAAAUUGGUGUCGCCCUCAGCAGAACCGCCGCCUUCAAACGAUUCGGAAGCGAGCUAAACUCGCAGCAGUUUCCAGGAUGUAAAAACAUUCCCAUGUACACCGAUCCUUACUGGGAAUGUAUGAUCAGGCAUUAUAGUGCCACUAUCUAUCAUCCGGUUGGAACAUGCAAAAUGGGCCCUUACUGGGAUCCUGAAGCCGUCGUCGAUCCGCAGCUCAGGGUUUACGGUGUGGCUGGGCUUCGUGUGAUUGAUGCUUCGAUCAUGCCAAAUCUUGUGAGUGGGAAUACUAACGCACCAACGAUUAUGAUUGGUGAACGUGGAUCGGAUAUGAUCAAGGAAUAUUGGUUGAAAUGGAAAAGCAGACCAGAAACGGCUAACACGCAAUUGAUAUAUCGAGAAGUUACUCUGAGUGUUAUGAUUAUUACACGACGGCUGACAUCAAAUACCAUGAUUCGUCUGACAGCAGCAUAUAUGCUGAUUACAUCCUUAAAUUUCAAAAUUUUCCUUACAAUGUUGGGAUGUCUCAUUAUUAAUAUGCGUCCAGACAUUGUAGACAAAAAGAACCGUGUGCAAUCAGUAGUGACGGAAAAGCUAUUAGUUGAUUAUGAUUAUGUGAUAAUUGGCGGAGGAUCAGCUGGCGCUGUAUUAGCCAGCCGAUUAUCGGAGGAUGAAGAUCGUACUGUGCUCUUGCUCGAAGCCGGUGCCGAUGAAUUGACUUUAACUGACGUGCCCAUAAUAACUGGAACUUUGAAAAAUACACUCUUCGAUUGGAAAUUUAAAACAAAAUCAUCAUCCAAUUAUUGUCUGGCGAUGAGAAAUCAUGAAUGCGAAUGGAUAAGGGGAAAGGUGCUAGGUGGUAGCAGUGUGCUAAAUGCGAUGCUUUAUAUCCGUGGUAACAAAAGAGAUUAUGACUCUUGGGCAACUUUCGGUAAUGCGGGUUGGGAUUACGAAAGUAUUCUACCGUAUUUCAAAAAAUCCGAAGAUACAAGAGUUGAGGAACUCAUCGACUCGCCUUACCAUCAAAAGGGCGGAUAUCUGACGGUGGAACGUUACAAGUAUAAUCCACCAAUUGUCGAUUAUAUUAUUCGCUCCGGCGAGGAGCUGGGAUACAAAGUGCGCGAUGGAAAUGGUGAAAAUCAGACCUGUUUCAUGUAUUCUUACGGUACUUUAAGAAAUGGAUUGCGAUGCAGCACUGCUAAAGCUUUUCUUCGACCCGUCUCAACAAGGAAAAAUUUACAUGUCAGCUUGGAAUCGUUCGUGGAGAAAAUAUUAAUAAAAGAAGAUGGCAUGACGAAGAUGGCAUAUGGAGUACUGUUUCGUAAAGGCACGAAACGUUUCACAAUUAGCGCAAAACGCGAAGUGAUUCUCUCUGCGGGUGCGAUACAGUCGCCGCAAUUGCUAAUGCUGUCGGGAAUCGGGCCAAGUCAACAUCUCAAAGAGAUGAAGAUAUCUGUGGUGCAUCAUGCACCCGGUGUAGGACAGAAUCUUCAAGAUCACAUUGGAAUGGCCGGAAUUAUUUAUAUUAUCGAUCCUCCACACAAUAUCUCACAACAAGACAAAUUCACUUUAAAAUUUUCCGAAAUUCAGUUGGAAGCCAUUAGAGAAAUGAUGUUGAACAAUUCAGGUCCGCUCUAUACGACAGCAUUCUGCUCGGCAACAGCAUUUAUUAACACCAAAUAUGCAGACGAGACGAUCGAUUAUCCAGAUAUACAACUGUUGUUCUCAGCCUUUUCAGACUUCGGAUCUUUCACAACAAAUGUAUACGGGAUUGAGCCAUACGCGGCCUCUAGCUUGUAUGAAAAUAUUACAGAAAACGUUGAAACUUUCGGAAUUUUUCCGCUCCUACUGAGACCACGUAGUAGGGGUUAUAUCAAACUCAAAUCGAUCGAUCCGAACGAAGCUCCGGUUAUUGUUCCAAAUUAUUUCGAUGAUCCUUACGAUCUGCAAGUUUUGGCGGAGAGUAUGAAAUUCGUGGAAAAGUUGAGUCGUACUCGUCUCAUGCGAAAGUUAAACGCACGAUUGAAUCCGAAUCUGAUAUCAGGAUGUUCGCAGUUUGAUGGUUCGUCAAAUGAGUAUUGGGCUUGCUACGCACGUCACUUCACAUCGACGAUUUUUCAUCCAGUUGGCACCUGCAAGAUGGGUCCUGCCAAUGAUGAUCACGCAGUCGUUGAUGCAAGAUUAAGGGUCCAUGGAAUUGCGAGAUUACGGGUAAUCGACGCGUCGAUCAUGCCGCACAUAGUUUCGGGUAAUACUAAUGCGCCGACGAUUAUGAUAGCGGAGAAGGGUGCUGAUAUGAUAAAAGAAGAUUGGUCAUGAUUUCGUUGAUGCUGAAAAAUGCGUGCAAAAGAUUACGUGUGUCAGAUCAACAUAAUUUCCCAUAAUUCUGUCCUUUUACAAUUGUUUCAACUUUGUUAUGUUUUAAUUAAUUGUAGACAAUAACUGUAAGAUACUUUUCGACUGUAAAAAAUACUUUUUUCAGAAUUUUAUUUAAAAUUUUAGAAUAGCGAAAGAGAUCUAGAGAUCGAAAAAUUCUAUUGAACGAGUUGUAAAGCGCUUAUUGUUAGUUGUAAUUAUUAAAUAAAUAUACGUGUUGAAAAGGUUUUGUCCCUGUAAUUUAUAUAAACUUUUCAUAAUUGA